AUGGGAGGCACUGUGGACACGUUGUACAUUUCAGCUUCCGCAAACCGAUACCCAAAUGCUGCCUCCACCAACCGCUCCUCGCCUCUGGUCGCGUUUGGGACGCACAAAUUCAUAGCAAUCUGGGAUGUAUCGGAACCUUUUAAUCGAGGGAUUUCAAGGACAUUGGCUGGUCAUGAGGCUGAAGUUACUUGUACUCAUUGGAUUGAACAUGGAAAGCUGCUCUGUAGCGCAGAUCUGGCUGGCUCAAUACGCUUAUGGGAGCGAUCGAACAAUGAUUGGACUACGAAGGCAAAGAUCCGAGGACACGAGAUGACUAUCAACGCUAUCUCUUCGUAUCGGGAUAUUUUAAUUAGUGGAUCUUCCGAUGCUACUAUCAAAGUCUGGCAACUGCAAUCAAAUUCAUUGGAACACCUUCAAACCAUUGAUAUGAAAGGACGUUAUCCCUUCUCAAUUGUUGUUUCUGAGCUCCCAGAUUCACCUUCCCUUAUUCUCGCAGUGGGAAGCACUGACAGGCUGAUUCAGAUCUAUUCCCGAUCCGGUCAGAAGUUCGUACACUCCCUUUCCCUGGCUGGUCACGAAGACUGGGUAAAGGGCUUGUCUUUCUAUAUGUCAUCGGGCACGCAGAACACCAAUGAGGGCAGCUCACUGACCCUCGCCUCCGCGUCGCAAGAUGGUUAUGUCCGCCUUUGGCUCAUCAAAGCCCAUCAAAGUUUCGUUCGAUCGGAAGUGGAUGACCUCUUGGACGCUUUUGAAAAACGCCUAGGAGAGGUCUCCGGUGAUGCCGAAGAAGGGGGGAAAACUAUCACAAACCGAGCUCACGUUCUCACUGUAACUGAAGGUGGUUCCACCAGGCGACAGUUUAGCCUCACGUUUGACGCUUUGUUAAUCGGCCACGAGGCAGGUGUCACCUCGGUCUCGUGGUGCAGUGUCCCUGGGAAGCCGCCGGCAUUAUUAUCCACGUCUGCCGAUUCAUCGGUUAUGAUAUGGUCUCCUAGUUCGCCUCCUACUGUGCCGCAGGGUGAACCUGACUGCUUAUGGACUAUUCAUCAUCGCUUUGGUGAUGUUGGCGGCGUGAAAGCUGGUGGCUUUGUUGGCGGGCUUUGGGCCCAGGGCGGCAAAGAGGUGGUGGCUUGGGGUUGGAAUGGGGGAUGGAGACGGUGGAGUAGGGAGGAAGGAGCCAAUGAGACUUGGAGGGAGAUAGGUGCCGUCACCGGGCAUCAAGGGCCUGUUAGGGGGCUUGCUUGGGAUCCUGAAGGAAACUAUUUGUUGUCAGCGAGUCUCGACCAGACGACUCGUAUUCAUGGUCAUUGGAUACGCAACGACGGAGAGACUCGGGUUGAAACUUGGCAUGAAAUUGCUCGGCCGCAGAUACAUGGUUACGAUCUGAUCUCUGCAAUAUUCAUCGACCCACUGCGCUUUGUCAGUGCAGCCGAUGAGAAAGUUGCCCGGGUUUUCGAUGCACCAAAGGCUUUCAUUCAGGCUUUAGCGGGUAUACAAGCAACCCAGAUCAAUACCGACAUGGGAUCCCGACCCAGUGGUGCAUCAGUGCCCCCGCUUGGGCUAUCUAACAAAGCCACGGAACCAAGUGAUGAUGCGGAUAGUGUUGUCGCGGCGGGUAUCAAUCCUGAUAUGUUCACUCGGAUGCCGUUUGAGCCUGAACUUUCAGCGGUGACCCUCUGGCCUGAGAUUGAGAAGUUGUUUGGUCAUGGGUACGAGUUGAUCAGUAUAGCUUCUUCCCAUUCAGGCUCGCUCCUGGCGACUGCAUGUAAGUCGAGCACUGCCGAGCACGCCGUGGUGAGGCUCCAUGACACCGGAACGUGGCGCCUUUUUGGUCAACCCUUAGCUGGUCAUACCCUCACUAUCACUCGGAUUUCGUUCAGCCCCGAUGACCGAUAUAUUCUCACUGUUUCCCGUGAUCGUACAUGGUGCCUUUUUGAACGGCAACUGAACGGAGAAUAUGCGCCAUGUUGUCACGAGAAACCUCACUCCAGGAUCAUAUGGGACUGCGCUUGGUCCCACGAGGGUGACAUUUUCGCUACGGCCGCCCGGGACAAACUGAUUAAGAUAUGGAAGCAAGAUGAGGCAUCUAAAAAGUGGACUGUGAUCCAAACGCUAAAGGGGAAAGAAGGUGCCACGGCAGUGGACUUUGCUCCUAGCGACAGGUCGAAAAGACGGAGAAUGGCAGUCGGAUUUGAAAAUGGAGAGGUUGCCGUGUAUGUCUCGCCGCUUAACGCUGCAAGUAAAUGGGAAGUUGAGUUAACACUUGAUGCCAGCAUUGCCCAUGCUGAUCAGGUUCAUCGCUUAGGAUGGCGACCGGGGGGCACGGACCCAGGCGAGAAUCUGGAUCUUGCGGUUUGCUCCGAGGAUCGUUCGUUGCGUAUCUUCCGCUUUGUGUUCCAACCAUAA